GGCUUGAUCCAACUUCUCUUUGGGCCCUGUGAUGAUCCCAAAGUCUUAUUUGAAAAUUUCCCAAAAUUAAUGAUUCAUUUUAACUAUAUAAAUGCCAUUUCGUUGAUUUCUUGAUUAGUUACAGAAGAACCAACUUCCAUCAUCAACAAUGGCUACCCCUAAGGAGUAUUAUAAUUCCUUACCGCCUGUGGCCAAGACAUAUGCGACAGUCACUUUUAUAAUGGCUGCAGCCUGUGUGUUUCCGUAUUACGACCCCUGGAUCAUGGCUCUCUUUUAUGGAGACGUUUUCAAGAAGUUACAGAUUUGGAGGGUUUUAACUAACUUCCUCUUCAUCGGAUCUUUCUCUUUGUCGUUCGCUUUUCGCCUAUGGAUCAUAUUACGAUAUGGGGUUUCUUUAGAGAGAGGUCCUUUCGACAAGAGGACAGCAGAUUAUGUAUGGAUGUUUUUCUUUGGAGCGUUUUCGCUACUGGCUGUGGCUGCCAUUCCAUUUUUCUGGUUUCCAUUCAUGGGAUCUUCAUUGGUUUUCAUGAUCGUUUAUGUGUGGAGUCGCGAGCUCCCUAACACACGUGUAAACAUUCAAGGUCUUGUAGAGUUGAAGGGGUUCUAUUUACCUUGGGCUAUGGUUGCUAUAGAUAUGGUGAUUGGAAAACAAUUGAUGCCAAGUUUAUUAGGAAUUGGUGUUGGCCAUUUGUACUACUUCUUGACAGUUCUUCACCCCCUUGCUGGUGGCAGCAACUUCUGCAAGACUCCUUUUUGGGUUCACAAGCUCGUUGCGUAUUGGGGUAAGGGAUACCAAAUGAAUAGUCCGGUUCGGAGAGAUCCGGCCUCCGGCGUUGCUUUCCGAGGGAGAGGCUUUCGUGUCGGUGGAACCUCGGGUGCUUCAACAAGGGGUCAAGCGAGGGAUAUUCGGGAGGCCGAAACAAGCACGCCACCACCAAAUGGAGGAGCUUUUAGCGGCAGGAGCCGUCGUCUAGAUGGACGUAGCUCGUGACACUCCUAUAUUUUGUCAUUAUCUCGUACUAUUUCGAUAACGAGAUGCUUAUAUUAUUGGCGAAAAUGAAUCGGCAAUUACGAGUCUUGUUUAAGUAACAUAAAUUGUACUUCAUUUCUUUAUGCUCACUUGCAUUUCUGGCAUAAUUGUUAGCAUGCAAGCAUCCAC